AUGGCGCCGGCGCGUUUAAGUGUAGUUUUAGUUCUUCAGUUCUUAACUCGUGACAUUUACACUUUAGGAAAUACUCUUAACUUCAAGAUUAAUAAGGAUAUAGUUACCGAUAGUGGAGUUGUACGGGGACAUGUGGUGGAAAGUGGCGACUAUUUUGCCUUCCUUGGCAUACCAUAUGCAGCACCAACGACAGGAUCACAGCGCUUCAAGGGUCCAUUGCCUCCUAAACCGUGGGACACGACGUUCAUAGCAGACCGUAAAGUCGUGUGCCCACAAUCGGGCAUCGGCGAAGAGGACUGCCUUGUGGUCAAUGUUUUCGUUCCCACGGACAAAGCAAAUGGAAAACUCCCUGUUUUAGUCUAUAUCCAUGGAGGAUUGUUUCUUUUCGGUGCGGGGCCCACUGAGGGCAUGGAGCCGUUGAUAAGGCUGGGUGUAGUGAUAGUGACUAUAAAUUACCGUCUUGGACCAUUGGGAUUUCUUUGUCUUGCAAAUGAUCACGCCCCUGGAAAUGCUGGCCUUAAAGACCAGGUGGCCGCUUUGGAAUGGGUAAAAAAGAACAUUGAAAACUUCAGCGGUGAUCCUGACAACGUAACGGUGUACGGGACAGACGCUGGAGCGGCGUGCAUCGAACUUCUUGUACAAUCCAAAGCGAACAGGAAUUUGUUUCAAAAAGUUAUUUUCGAAUCCGGAUCCAGCAACUCGGCGUGGGCUAUAGAUAAAUAUCCACUUACUACUGCUAAGGAUUUAGCGAGAGCGUUUACUGUCUCGGGAAUAGAGAACCCGCAGAAACUUUUAGAGCUAUACCAAAAUGUGCCAGCCGAAAUCAACGCACGUCGUGGAAAUACCGUUUACCUAAUGGAGUUUGCUUACCGCGGGAAAAUGGGAGAGUAUGACGACUUCUAUAAAGAUAUAGCCGCAGCUGGGCAUGGGGACUUUGCUAAUCACAUCAUUUUAAAAAGACCCAUACAAACGAGUAGCGAUCAAUUAGCCAUUGACAGGGCCGCAAUGCUCAUGGUGAAUUUUAUGAAAUAUGGAAACCCAACGCCAAAUCAAACUGAUUUAUUACCAAUCCUCUGGCCGACAGAACAACCAUAUAUCAAUGAAUAUUUUCUAUUCGGAACUGACCUUAAAGUUCUCAAUAGUCCUUAUAGCAAAAGAAUUGAAUUUUGGAAUCAACUUUACUGCGAUUCAGGCGCCAGCAAAAUCAAACUAGCGUGU